AUGGAUGCAUUUAUGAAAAAAACAUCUGAACAUACACAUGCACCUUAUCCAGAUCGAGUUCACGCCAUGCGAGUUAAAAAUGAAAUAAAAGGUCGUAGUGCAUCAUCGGAUGAAACAACCAGUACAAUAUUACUCGAUUCUUUAAGAGCAAUGCAACUCGAUGAAAAUGGUCAUUUACCGCUUGUAUUCCGUCAAACUGAUCGUGGUGAAAACUUUGUCUUGCACGAAGAUGAUGAUUCAAUAGUUAUAUUUACAUGUGAUAAAAAUCUAUCCGUUUUAAAGGAAUAUCCACAUUGGUUUAUGGACAGAACAUUUAACAUUUGCUCAAAAAGUUUUUAUCAAUUAUUUACCGUACAUGGAAUGUAUUCACUUCAAAUUAUUCCUUUUGGUAUAUGUUUUACUGAUUGGGAAAAAUAG